GCUGGCUCUAUAGAAAUCUCACAAAGGUUGACCAAAAAUGAAAUAUAUAGAGGGAAGACAAACUCAACAACAGCUAUGCAGCAGACCUGAGACACUACCAAUUGAUCUUGGUUUUUUUCAAUGUUCUCAUAUCCAUUGAGCUAAAAGGGCAUGCUUUGCUUCUCAGAAGACAUUGAUGAGAGCAUUCACAAUUGAGUUUUGGGGAUUAAAGAUGUUGGAUAUGAUGAAGAGGAUACCAUUGGGGUUGAAGGCAGAUUUACGCGAAUCGAUUGCAGAUUUCAGCCAGGUUGUUUCUGGUUUUGGUAUGGAAGGCAUAGGAAAGAGAAUUCUUGCUCAAAGGGUUUACAAUCAAACCCGCAUUUCCAAAUACACAGACAGGGUUGCAAUCUCAGAGCAGCCCCGCAUGUGGAUCCAAUGUCAUGAAGAUGAAGAGAACUACCAACACUUCAAUUUCGGGGGAAAGGAUUCUUCGGAAAGAAUGUUACAGAGUAUAAAAUUAAGGCAAACGUGAGAUAUUGGGAGGGGAAAUGGUUGACCUUGUGAGGAUCUGGCAUUAUAUAGCUAUUGUUGACUGCAGAGAGAAGAAGUCGUGAAUAACAACUUGAAAGGAGUAUCAUUAGUCCUUGCUUUCUCAGUUUUAGACAUUUUCUUUGACAACAGAGAGCAAACAGUUUCUUGCUCUACCAUGAUAACUACUAGAGUGUCAACUAGCAGAAUUCGUUGAUUUACUCUAUACUUGCGUCUAAAUUUAUCCAUCCAAACAUGGAAAUGCCAGUCCUCAGGUUUAAGAAACUGGAAGUAAUAUAAACCAUUUUCGAGGACUGUAGUUUUCUUGGAGAUUUGGGUCUUGAAUAAUUUAAACCUGUUCAAAGUUAAUCGAAGUAAACCUAUUCCACUGGGUUGCUUGGAUUUGAAAAACGUCAGUGUUUAUAUGCCAUAUUGGGUGCUUGCAGAUCUAGAUUUAUGGAUGGACAUAAUUCGGGAACUAUACCUAUACCAAAUGUGAUAGAUGGAAACCUGAGGCAUCUAUGCUAUACCUUCCCCUGUGCCUUUUCCAACAGAAAGUUGUACUGCUUCAAUACCAAUAUACUCAAACUUAACAAAGACUUUUCCCAACUAUUUGGUGUCAAUUACGCCGAAUCCUAUUCUGUCAUUCCGCUACAUCCACGGCAUAAUUUCACUUAAACCAUAUGCUAUCAUAUAUUCCCUAACUAUCUCAACCCCUUUAUUUUUUAUGCAAUAGAAAUUGGCCGAAACCCGAAACUCAAUAGUGCCUCCCAAGGAUCAUCCUCUACUUCAGUCCAAGUGUUUUGUUGGAAGGAAACUGAUUUACUCUGGCAGAAGUUUCCCUUAAUUCUUGGCAGAGGAGUGGAUGUGGAGGAGGAGGUAUCCCUAUUAUUUGGAUGAGCACAUUGUUGAAGAUUGGUCUCACCACCCUCUGGAAAUUAUAAACCAUACAACAGGCACCAAGGCUCAAGUGGUGCGAAAACAGAAGAAGUGGAUCUGUACCAACUCCAAAAUGUACCUUCCAUCAAACAACAGAAUUAACUCUCCUUAGGUGUUCCAUAAAGGGGAUGCAGUAUUUAUCAAAAAAAAAUUUCAAAUUUCCUUUAAAAUGAUCCAAUAUAUAUCACACUUUCCUUUGUUAUCCAUCAGUUUAUACUAGUCUUAAUUGUUCAUGUAUUGACCAAUUCUCACUAGCUUUCAGUUUGUUCUUUUGGUUUCACUCUUAUGAGGCUUUCAUUUUUUUUUUU